AUGCCCUAUGAGCCCCUUCCUCUCUUCCCGGACACUCUUGAGGAGGAGGUGGAGGAGGAGGAAGUGGUCGCACCUCCUGCUCUGCCCUAUGUCCCUACCUCAGUCCCCACCCCACCUCCUCCUACUGUGUACCCUCGUGUGGUUCCUCCUACUGCGCCUCCUCCAUCCUCACCCCCCUUGGCUACCCCUCCUCCUCCUUUCAUUCCCUCUCCUCUUCCACCCUCCAUCCCUCCUGCACCUGCCCCACCCUCCUCUUCGUCUUCCACGGCGCCGCUCGUUGGUGAGGGGGGGACAGUGGUGUCGCCGUCUGUGAUGAUCACCGACGGGCAGCGCCUUGUGACUGAGCAGCUGCAGGACGAGAGCAGCAUGGAUGGAGUGCAGCAGAGUGGGGGGCAGGAGACAGGGGAGCAGCAGACAGGGGAGCAGCAGAUUGGGGAGCAGCAGAUAGGGGAGGAGCAGAUUGGGGAGCAGCAGACAGGGGACCCGCAGACAGGGGAGCAGGAGAUGUGGGGAAUUAGAGAUGGUGGUCGUGUGCUGGUUUCUGGGACGAUCACUGCACCACCGCUGCGUCGCUCCACUCGCAUCACUCGUGGUGUCCCGCCUGUUAAGUAUGCUUGGGCAGUAGUGAUUGAGCCGGCGGUUGGCGACGUGCCAGCCGUCAAGCGCGCCACGUACCAGCAGAGGAGGGCGGACGAUGCCGCCACGUCACACCCUCACUGGCGCCGCACAGCGGGUCGAGGCACUACCACGUCCGCUGCCGCAGGUCCCGCGGCAGCCACUGCCGCAGGUUCAGCGGCAGCAACUGGUGCAGACUCGCGCGCACAGCCUGCUAACAAGCCCACCCGCGCCCCUGAGGGCGCACUGAAAAGGGGACGGAGUUUGGGCGCAUGGUGGCGGACGCGAAGGCGCUGGGAGCAGCAUGGGGAGUGCCAUGCAUCGACAGUCCCGAGGAGGCAGAGGCACAGUGCGCACUGCUCAAUGCAUCUGGCGUCUGUGAUGUGGUGUGUACGGGUGACUCGGACGCGUUUCUAUUUGGAGCCAAGGCCGUGGUUCGUGAUAUCUGCCUGCACAAAGAUCGCCAUGGGGCUUUUUCUAGGCUCAGACUACUCACAGGGCGUCUCUGGUGCUCCCACACUCCGUGCCAGGCAAGGUGCGGUGCAGAGGGUGGCAGCACUGGGUGAAGAUGGCGUGCUGACAGCGAUCAGAGAAAGAGGCCUGGCUGCCAUUUCUGCCCCCAGAGCUCGCAAAAGAGUGGGACCCGGCGCAGGGGCACAAGGGAAGAAGGGACAGCAGAGGAGGACGGGAGUUGGGGACGGGGAAGGGAGAGGCAGGGGAGGUGUAAUAGGAUUGAGUGAGAGCGGUAUGAGUGGUUGUGUUGGUGUUGGUACAGGGAUUAGCAGUCGGGCAGAGGGGAACCCGUCAGCAGGAGAACGAGGGCGUGAGCAAGGGGCGAGGGAGGUGGAGGAGGAGGGGGAAGAGCAGGCGAGGGAGGAUGCUGCGAGGGUGAUAGAGGCGUUUCUGAACCCACCAUGUCACGGCGCUGCAUCGGGUGCAGUCACGAGUGCGUUACAGAAGCACUGCAGCCCAUCACAUGCUGACAUCGUCGCUUUCUGUGACCGGCACAUGGCAUGGCCUGCUGAUGUCACAGCACGAUACAUUGGGUCCAAGCUGGCAGAACGAGACCUCAGGCGGUUGCACCUGGUGCAGCAGGCAGCAGAGAUCUGCGUGACACCUGGGAGGGAAUCUUCCAGGAAAGCGGAUGAAGUGGGGGGGAUGCUGGAUGGAGUGAGGUACAGAGUGGGUGGCAUAGUGAAGGAGCGGUGGGUGGCUGGGCAUAGAAUGUUUGAGGUUUCAUGGACUGGGCAGCCUGAAGUUGAAAACUCGGUUGUUCGGGCAGAACUGCUCACCAGGUAA